ACCACGUCACCACCGUGGGGAGAUCUGGAAGUUUCUAGCAGAGCAAUACCAUCUUAAACAUCAGUUUCCAAGUAAACAACAACCAAAGGACACACCUUAUAAAGAACUCCUAAAACAACUAACUUCCCAGCAACAUGCAAUACUUAUUGACCUAGGGCGCACAUUUCCAACACAUCCUUACUUCUCAGCACAGCUAGGAGCUGGACAGCUGUCACUCUACAAUAUUUUGAAAGCCUAUUCGCUUCUGGACCAGGAAGUAGGAUAUUGCCAGGGCCUUAGUUUUGUAGCAGGAGUUUUACUACUUCAUAUGAGUGAAGAAGAUGCUUUUAAAAUGCUUAAGUUUCUCAUGUUUGACAUGGGCCUGAGAAAACAAUAUCGUCCUGACAUGACAAUUUUACAGAUCCAGAUGUAUCAGCUGUCUCGGCUUCUUCAUGACUACCAUCGAGAUCUCUAUAACCACCUAGAGGCACAUGAGAUUGGCCCCAGCCUCUAUGCUGCUCCGUGGUUUCUCACGAUGUUUGCCUCCCAGUUUCCUCUUGGAUUUGUAGCCAGAGUGUUUGAUAUGCUCUUUCUUCAAGGAUCAGAGGCUAUAUUUAAAGUGGCUUUAAGCCUUUUGGGAAGCCACAAGCCCUUGAUUCUGCAGCAUGAGAACCUAGAAACUAUUGUUGAUUUUAUUAAAAGCACUCUCCCCAACUUGGGGUUGGUACAGAUGGAAAAGACCAUUAGUCAGGUAUUUGAAAUGGAUAUUGCCAAGCAGUUGCAAGCUUAUGAAGUUGAAUACCAUGUGCUUCAGGAUGAGCUUAUAGAUUCAUCUUUAAAUGACAAUCAGAGACUGGACAAAUUAGAAAAGGCAAACAGUAGUUUGCGCAAACAAAACUUUGAACUCCUGGAAGAACUGCAGGUGGCUAAUGGAAAGAUCCAAAACCUUGAAGCCACGGUAGAGCUUUUAUUGACCAAUGAAGGCAAAUUGAAGCAGUCCAUUCUUACUCUUGAGCAGGAGCGAGCAGCUUUGCUGAAAGCAGUGGAAGAGAUGCGGAAAAAGAUUGGUGAUACAGAUGGAAAGCCUCUGCUUACUAGACAAGAACACAUGGAUGCUGACUGACAUUCACGGUUGUAAUAGAGCAGAGAAGCCGAGCAAGAAACAAAGGGAAGAACUGGGUCUUUUUGUCCUGAUUCAUGGGGAUUUGACAUUGUCACCGUCAUUGUACAUGCCUUAUUUUAGCAAAGCAAGAUAUGGGCGUGGUGGCUUCCCAUAUCAGAGAAGCUGGUUUCUCGGGGAGAAGGCUCUUUCUUCUUAGUAUGUAGAAAUACUAUGAACAGUAAGAUGCCACAUAAUAAUAAACAGGAGAAACUUUAAUAGAGCGUGCAGUCGUACACAAUACUCUGUAAAGAUGUCAUGGAUUCUUCCAUAAGUGCUUCUAAACCUAAGUGCUUUGUGUUCGUCACAUGCUUUGUUUGUGUGUAGAUCGCCACCAUGUUAAAUAGCACAUC